UUUCCCUCGCGCCGGACGCCUCUGCCAUGGCUGCCGGCACCGAGGAGGGCCGCGGCCGGGCCGGGCCGGGCGUGAAGCUGAGAGGAAGGCUGCGGGAGGUGGGGUGGGCAGGGGCGGUGGAAGGAUGGGGGGUCGCCGCGCAGCCUCUGCUGCUAGAGAGAAGGCUGUGGCUGGCGGCCGGGCCGGGGCAGCAAGGUCCUCGGGGGCUCGAGUUGGCCUUCGCACGCCUCUCCGCAACGACCGGUGGACAGUCCCCUUCGGCCUCCGCCUCCGUCCUCGCCGCCGCUGCCGCCGCCGCCCGCUCCCGCCGCCGCCGCCGCCGCGCACAAAGCCCCCCCACCCGGCUCUCGGAGCGCCGCCGCCGCCGCCGCCAAAUCUUCAGCCCCUCAUUGGCCGCUGGCCGCGGCGCCUGCCGGGAAAUGCAGUCCCGGGUUUGCGGCGCAGGGGGGCGAAAGGAGGAAGAGGGUAGUCGGCGGGGCGGAGAGGAGCGGCUGGAGAGUCUAGACAAGAAGUGAGACCGCAGGCGAUAAAGGCAGAGACAGGAAGGAAUGAUACGAAGGAGGGUAAAAAACAACAACAACAACAACAACAACAAAAACAGAAGACAGGUUAAAGGUUGGGCCUGUGAGGCGUUAGAGAUAACCUACAAACGAGUGCCGAGUUCAGAUGACCGGGAAAGAAGAACAAUUUGUGUGCCUCCUUGGCUGCCUUCUGUCCGACAGCUGUCAGAGUCAGAGCUUCCUAUUUCACAUGGGUCUGCGUCUGGAAACCGUGGCAGCAAUUUCAGACCUGAGCCGUGGGGGACAGUCUCUCUUUCAGCCUCGGAUGUGAGUCCUGGAUGCCCCCCCCCGACCCCCGUCCCGCCCCACAAUCGCAAGCCGUGGCGGCAUCUCAGUCGCUGUGAGGAAGCGCUGACCUCCCUGGCAGCCACCGGGCCCCGCACGCCUUCUUCCUGCUCGCACUGCGGGCCCGGAGGCUUGUGGGUAAAGAGGAGGACGUCAGCGCCGACUGCGGCCCGGACCCCUAGGGACCCAGAGGGCUCGGUGCCCGUCACGUGCUUGGGCCCUCUGCUGCUCACUGCAGACCUUCACUUCGAGGGAUGGGAGGGCAUCAGUCCUCGAGAGAGCUCACGCAAGAAUGAGCGGAGGAAACGGGAGUCAAAAUUCUCUGUAACCCUCUAAGCCCUCCCCAUGCUAGGAAAUUUAUGUUAAACAAUAGAAGGUGUGUGACACAGUAAAGUCGUCUUGCUGGAGUGUACAAAAUUUGGUGAUAUUUCCUGGGGCCUGGUGAUGAUGACUUAGAACGUUGCAGCACAGCGACUUGAACGUACAAAGGAAAUAUAGGCAGCAACAAUCAGAUGAGGAAACCGAUACUCUGCGCUCUGUUCUGAGAAUAAUAAAGCUGUGUCACUACUAGAUGUUAUACUCUGCACCGACAUUAUAGUUCUGGAUCUGUUUGGUAGGGCCACAAGAAAUUUCUGAUAUCUUUAUCUUUAAAUACCAUUUAAACAAGAAAUUAAAGGAUUCCUACAGAUCAA